AACCAGGUAGUGGUUGCCAUAGAUAUGUCAGAACCCUCACAGCCAUUGUUAGGAUGUUGCCAGACCCUUUAUAAGUGAAGGACUGAGUUGUGUGAAUCUGCCAAGAAGGUUAGAAAGCACAAUCUACCUUCCUAUUACUUUAUACAUUUUACAUCUUUCAUCCAAAAGAACAAGUUCUUAUCAGAUAAAGAACCACCUCAAGAAACAUGAAUCAUGAUCCGGCUACUAACCUCCUGCUGGUCUCGGCUAAGGACAACUGAGGAGGCACGAAGGAAUGUGACCAUACUUUUCAUUGGCUUGGACAACUCAGGCAAAACAGUUCUUGUGGAGGCGUUCCAAAGAUUACUUCCCAGUAGGAUAGACAAUUGUGUGCAAUCAGGACUGACUACACUCCUGUUAGAUGAAUAUGAAGUUUCCAUCUAUGACCUGAAUGGAGAUCGGAAAGGCCGAGAAACCUGGCCAAACUACUAUGCACGGGCACACGGGCUUGUUUUUGUCCUGGAUUCCAGCGACAUAGAACGCAUGCAGGAAGUCAAGAUCAUCUUAACACGUCUGCUGUCUGAUAAAAGAGUGGCAGGGAAACCCAUCUUACUCCUGGCAAAUAAACAAGACAAGAAGAAUGCCCUCCUACCUUGUGAUAUUAUUGAAUAUCUACUCCUGAAAAGGCUAGUGAAUGAGUACGAUUCCUUGUGCCGCGUGGAGCCAUGUUCAGCCAUCCGAAAUCUUCCAAGGAGGAACCAUCAACCCAUAAUUAAAGGGCUGCGCUGGCUAUUAGCUGUCAUUAGAGACAAACAUGAAGAGCUAUGUACUCGCCAACCACCACCCAUCUCGAACAUCCCAGCCUCCAGGCAUUCCCGAAGAUGUGGAGAAAGAUGCUCAUCAGACAGCUUCUCUACCACCAGAAUGAGAAUACCCAAAGAGAAAAGACAGCAUCUAGGACAACACCCAGUGGAUGCUAGGCCCCUAAAGUCAAUCCUACAGAAAGAAGGCUUAAGAUUCAGGCCUAAAAAGAACAUAUCAGUAACCUUUGCUAUAGAUGAACCCAUGAAGGAAGGUGAAUGUUCUGGGAGAAACAGAGCUAAAAGAACUAAUGAGCUUCGCUAUAAUCGACGCAAAGACCUACAGACUCCAGCUCUGUAUAAUGACGACAAUCUUUUUGAAGAAUCCAGGGCAAAAAAGAGAAUGGAGACCUGGGAUACAAAGAAGGUGUUAUUGGAAAAUACCUGUGACGACGACUUUUGUUCCUAUGACUGCUAAAGAGAGAAAUGGAGGGAAAUCAAAAGACACAUCUAAUAUCCCUCCCUCAGCAAAUGGGUUCAACUCCAGAACCAUCAGGACUACUUAGUUUUCUAAUUUGUAUCUGAUAACACCUCUACAGUCCUCCUACAACUCCAACUACUUUAACAUCACAUCCCUGAGAACCCCCAUUGUUCCCAUGUACCUAUGUUCCAGCCAUCGAAUUAAUUCUAUGCUCACUGAGAGGCUCAAGAAAAGUUAGGUGCUUCCAUUUGAGAAUGAAGACCAUCUUGGAAAAGAAGAACCGAGACUUUACAUCUUUAUACCCAGAUGCUCCUGACGAAGCCUGCAGACAAUAAGCCGUGGGUGGCCAACCAAAGUUGAGCCUUAGAAGUACAGGGUUCAUUUAGAAAUACAUUUGUUUCCUUUAAGGUUCUUGGGUGUGAAGGGACUGGCAAAAAUAAAUAGAACUUCUUUGCUGAGAA